CUUGAAAAAACAACAACAAAAUAGACUCAAGAUACUUAUCCACAUGAUAAAGGAGGUCUUGAAUGUCCCAAAAAUAUCAAUAACUCAUUUUUGCCUUUGUAGGGCAGUGUUGCUGCCUUGCAUGUGCUUAACUUUUUCAAAACCUGCUUAAGUUGUUCAAGCCUCUGUUACUGCUUUCUGUGUGUUUUUAUUAUGAUGUGUUUGAAUGGGAUUGUGUUUACAGUGUGCGCCUUCGGAUGCCAAAUAUUAUUAUUUAUUAUUAUUUUAAUGCUAUACGUGCUGCACACCACUUCUCACGAUUUCAUUUAAAGACAUCAAUUUCUGUGUUAAAAAGGAUACAUUCAUGCCAACAGAUCACAAGUCCAACAUUACCAUAUAGAGUAAUUACGACUGAUCUAUCAACAGAUGGUCCUCAGGGACACAGUUCCUGUAAUUAUGGUGCGGUGCAAAUGCUCAUGUGUGGCGGGGACAGCUCUAUGCAACCACACAGUUGCCCUAUUAUUCCAGACAGCUCACUUCUCCCAGCUGGGUGUGCCAGUGGUUCCUCCUGUACACAGCUGUACAGAAUCAGAGCAACAAUGGCACAAACCCCGAACAGCAGGUGUAAAACCAGGUCCAGUUGGGAAGAUGGUGGUUGUUAAGCCUGUGCAGGGUCGGAUGGGUAGAGGAGGAUUACGGAGCACCCUCUACAGAGGAAUGACUGGCCCUCUUCCUGACCUGUCGGUACUUCGUGUGGCAGAGGUGUACAGCAGUCUAGAUCAUCUGGAUAUGCCCCUGGUGACAAAAAUGGGGAUGAGCAUUGACAAGCCCCUUGUGGAUUCUGAAUUUGGACUGGUACAGAGGGGAAGUGUAAUCUCCUAUCAACAGCCGAAACUUCAAACACAAUGCACAGAGCUGCAUAAGAAUGCCCCGGGUCCUCCAUGUCUUCCCCUUAUUACUCAUCAGCUGUCACCAACAGAGUGUGUGUGGGUAUGCACAGAGGAAGAACAUUUACAUAUACAAAGUUUGCAGUUAUCUAUUGAGAUGGCCCAUAAAAUUGAAUUGUCGACACGGGCUCAGAGCAAAGAUCCAGAGUGGCACGCGUUGCAGCGAAUGAGGAUAACCUCUUCAAGGUUUAGGGAAGUUUCCCAUGUUAGAGGUUACAGUAGUGCUGAGCAUCUUGCAGAGCGAAUUAUCAGAGGCACCAGACAAACUCCGGAAAUGAGAAGAGGUUCAGAAAUGGAGUUUCAGGCAGCAAAAGAAUAUGCCCAGCAUAUAUAUUUUCCCUUGAACUCAAUAGGAUUGAUAACAAAUGUUACAUGAUCUGCGAUAAAAUGAGUAUUCUAGCUUGUUGCUUUAAAAAAAAAAACAUAGUUUAAUAAGUAAUGCCAGAGUUAUUAAUAAACUUUAUACAUUAUGGCAUCGUUUUACAAUAAAAAUCAUUGUUUAUAAUGUUGUUGUGUGAGGUCACAUCUGUUGUCACUGUAUCAGAAUGCAUUC